UUUUUUAAUUUCCGAAUUUUUACUGUAAAAUUCAAGAAAACGCCUGUAUAAAGGCUACUUUACGUCUUUAGAAGUGACCAGGCAGCAAGGUAAAUCCAUUUCUUUCUGUUAACUCACGGGAAUUUGACUGCCGCUGAACGGAAACAUUCGACGUAGUAACCUCAAUCAACCAGCACUAGCGCGGCACCAUGUCGGGCAUUCUCUUCGAGGACAUCUUCAACGUCAAGGACAUGGAUCCGGAAGGUAAGAAGUUCGAUCGUGCCAGCCGGUUGCACUGCGAAUCCGAGUCCUUCAAGAUGGAUCUGAUUCUGGACAUCAAUUCCUGGCUGUACCCGAUGGAGCUGGGCGACAAAUUCCGCCUGGUCCUGGCCACGACGCUGCACGAAGAUGGAACACCCGCGAGUAUGGAAUACAAUGCCGCCGAAAUCGAGGGUUCCCGGGCGGACAGCUUUGAGUAUGUGAUGUUCGGGAAGGUCUACCGGAUCGAGGGAGACGAUGCCCAGCUGGAAUCGGCAAACAGGUUGUCGGCGUACGUUUCGUUCGGUGGCCUUCUGAUGAGACUCCAGGGUGACGCUAACAAUCUGCACGGUUUCGAAAUCGAUCAGCACAUGUACUUGCUGAUGAAGAAACUGGCUUUCUAGUUGUUUAAACGACGGGUUCUUUUUAGUUUGUGGGAGAAUAAGUUUACAAUGACUAAAUAUAAUGUUUAACUAUAUUAAUGACAA